AUGAAGAUUACUGAGUUGAUAAACACUCUUUACACAAUCACUAAAGAUAUAUGUUUAUAUGUACUCUACUAUGUUGUAAUACUUCUUAUCGCAACUGAGACAAUAUUUUUUAUAGUAUUUAUUAAAAGUAGGUACAAAAAAUUCAAAAUUUAUAAAGCCAUUCAAAAUUAUAGAAAUGAAAUUGAUACACUCCCACAACAAAAUAUCCUACACAAGCUUAUUAAAUAUAUUCCCAAAGACGAACCUGAGCAUAAAGACAAAGAUGCACAACAGAACAAUUAUAUUUUUUACUAUUUAAAAAGAUCUACAUUUUUCUUGCAAAAUUAUAAAUAUUUGCAUUUAAAAAAGAUAUUAAAUUAUUUGUUUGUUAGAAAUAAUAUAAUCGAUGUAAGGACGAUAAAAUCCAUGACACACUUAGAUGUGAUCCAAUUUAAAAAAGACGUAAAUAUUUGUCUGCAGGAAGCAUACAAUUCCUUCAAUUAUAAAAAUAAAAAGGAACUUUUAUACAUAUAUUUUAAAAUAUAUUCAAAUAUUUGUUUUUUUUUCCAAUGUGAAAAUAUAUAUUUUUUUCAUUUCCUUACAAAUGUUCUUCUAGUUUCUUGGGUGUAUGCACCCUGUUGUCUAUAG